AUCCAUUCGUUAAUCAUCGUUUUAAGUGGACGGUUGUGCUUCUUCGUAGUGUGUUGGCUAACUUUUUAUUAGUAAAUAAAAUUUGCAAAAAUUUCUUUUGUGUGAAUAUUUUGUAUAUAACAAAAAUAAUAAAAUUAAUUGAUUUUAAACCAGAGCAAAACACUCUCCAUCAAAUCAUUUUUAUAACUUGACCUGAACAGAUACUCAUACACACCAACACACAACAACAAAAUGAGUGUCUCAGCACCUCAUUAUCUUCGUAGGCUGUGCCUUGUUGUUUUGGUCUUGUUUGUUUUUUUGCAAACUGAUAAGAAUGGUGUAGCUGCUCUAAACAAAAACUAUCGCUUGGGACGUUAUUGGCAUGGUUUCCUUGGUGAACCCAGUAAAAUUCCUUCUUUGCAAAGUGCACACGAAACCGUUGAUUUAUGGUUUGAACAACGUCUUGAUCAUUUUUCCGAUAGAAAUAGUGCAACCUGGAAGCAACGUUACUUUGUCAAUGAAGAAUACUAUCGCAAUGAUACGACUGCACCCAUAUUCAUAAUGAUUGGUGGUGAGGCUGAAGCGGCCAAAAAGUGGAUGCACGAAGGCGCUUGGAUACAUUAUGCUGAACAUUUUGGUGCGUUAUGUUUUCAGCUGGAACAUCGUUUCUAUGGAAAAUCGAGACCAACGAGCGAUUUGUCUACCUCCUAUUUACAAUAUUUAACAUCCAAACAAGCAUUAGCCGAUUUAGCUUCAUUUAUUUUGGCCAUGAAACAGCAAUAUAACUUGGCUCCCACCCAAAAAUGGAUUGCAUUUGGCGGCUCUUAUCCCGGUUCUUUAGCAGCAUGGGCCAGAGAAAAGUAUCCCGAUUUAAUAUACGGAUCUGUAAGCUCAAGUGGACCGCUUUUGGCCAAAGUUGAUUUUACCGAAUAUUUCGAUGUAGUUAAAGAUUCGUUGAAAAGUUAUAAACCGGAAUGUGUAGAUGUUGUAAGUAAAAGUUUUGCUCAAGUGGAAAUUCUCAUGAAACACAUGAUUGGUCAACGUAAUUUAGAUGAAAAAUUCAAAACUUGCACACCCAUUAAGGAUUCCAUUGAAAAUAGUUUAGACAUUUCCAAUUUCUUUGAAAAUGUAGCCGGCAACUUUGCAGGCGUAGUGCAAUACAAUAAAGAUAACAGUCCUCAUGCCACCAUCACUAUAGAUGAGAUAUGCGAUGUCAUGCUAAAUACUACCAUGGGUCCACCUGUCACACGUUUGGCUGCUGUUAACAGCAUGCUUUUAAAACAAUCUGAUCAGAAAUGUCUCGAUUAUAAAUACGAUAAAAUGAUUAAGGAAAUGCAAAAUGUUGACUGGUCAUCGGAGGUGGCUAAGGGUAUGCGCCAAUGGACUUGGCAGACCUGUAAUGAGUUUGGUUUUUACCAAACUGCUGAAAAUAGCACAGACACCUUUGGUGAUCGUUUCAAUGUUGACUUUUUCAUCAAACAGUGCAUGGAUAUUUAUGCCGAUAAUAUGGAUGCUAAAUAUUUGAAUUCUGUGGUGGCCGAAACCAACAAAUACUAUGGUGGCUUAAAGCCUUCGACCACAAAUGUUUUGUAUGUUCAUGGUUCUAUUGAUCCUUGGCAUGCCUUAGGUUUGGUAAAUGCUAAAAAUCCUAAAACUCCUACAAUAUUUAUAGAAGGAACCGCACAUUGUGCCAACAUGUACGAACCAAUCAAAUCCGAUCCACCACAAUUAGUUGCAGCUCGCCAUAAAAUUAUUAAGUUCCUGGCUAAACUUUUAGAGAACUUUGCUUUUGCCUAAAAAAAGAGCAACAAUAUGUACAUAAUACUGAUAAAAUUAAUAUAAAAAUUGUAUAACAAUUAAAAAUUCUUUUGUAAAUUAUUAGUUGUAAGUGAAAUUUUUUUAAAUAAAAUUUGCAUUGCUUUUAACAACA